UUACUCGUGGGUUUCGUUCAUAAUUUUUUUUCGAAUUUAAAAAAUGUAUUAUGCAUUCGUGUUAACACCUUGGUGUUGAAGCUAUACACUUCGUAAUCCAAUUCAAGGGCAAGAAUGUGAUCAUAUGUAUCCCCAUGGUUUCACCUGCUUUAUUCAAUUCCCGGCUUGUGCAUUCAAAUCGAUAUUCUUGCCUGAAACUAUUCGAAAUAUGGCGGAGUCAAACGCACGCAAGUCAAGGUAAAAAGAGCAUUCCACUUUUUUAAGGUACUUGGUUCCGAGUACCUUACACAAUGGCGUACAAAUAGCGGUAGAGGGUCUGCAUUUGGCAUCGGCGGAGAAAUUUCCAUUGACCGCAAGCCAAGACGAAAGGACACCAGAUUGAUCUUGAGAGGCCCAAAAUAGUGACGACCGUCGGCUUGAGAUCUACCCAAACCUGUACCGAAAGAGACGGUUGAUUCUUCGCUUCGAAAGAGAGUCUUUCUGUCUUAGGCUCACUUUGCAUGUGGUCGACGAGAACGCUUCAGACAAACCCAAGAAUAUCCUGUCUCUCGAGUCAUCAGACACAAUCCGAGGCUAACCCUAAAUCAUCACCAACUACUGAAAAACGAUCACUCGCUACUGGGUUCACUUUGGAAUCUGAACGCUUUCAAUGUAGAAGGCCUACUUCUUUAUGCAAAGCAAUCCUAAUCAUGUGGUGCUAGAGUGAGUGGCUUGCGGGACGCCUGUGAGGAAUAUGAUUGUUCAAGGUGACCGAUUGGUAGUUUAGCAAUUAGAUCAAACAUUACAAGUGCCACAGUGACAACAUGAACAAUUCCAAAUGGAAAGGCUACUUCGUGACCUUUGUAGUGAUCAUUUGGGUGGACCACACAAGAGGUCAGUACGGCCAAUUUGACAUCAUCCCUAACAUUGUCAAUACCUUUGGUGAAAACACUUACGUGAAAGGGAUCAAAAAUGUCAUGGGAGGUGUGCUGGGGGCGGAUAAAGUACAUCAAGGAUGCAUACAAAGGACGUUGUGCAAAGAGUUUGCGGGUGAAGUGAUUGAGACGACAGAGCGUUAUGACCCGGUCAAACGAACUCUGGUCAGAAUUCCCCGAAUCGUUCAACGGAGAGGAAGAUUAAGAUGGAUUGGAGAUGCCGUCAUGUCGGUUGUGAAAAAAAUCGGGGAUCGACUAAAUAUCAAUCCAUAUGGAUUUAAAAAGAGGCAAGGCGGAGUGGCCCCCAAUCUUGUGGCUCGGGUCAUUGGAUUUGCCAUUCAGAAUUGGAACAAGAUACCGAUCCAACAAGUCUUUCAUGUAAUGGAUAUGACCACGGAUGCUACCAAUGUUAUGAGCCGUAAAGGGGCCGUUUAUCCUUUUGCCAAAUCUGCAGCUUUAGGAUACGGCUAUGGCGACAAAAAGGCAGACGAAUUUGAUGGGGUUUGCAGUCAAGUGGCUCCGGAUUGUGGAGACUGGUGGAGUCAUCUCAAAACUGCCAAUGAAUAUGAAGGAGCAGCAUUACCUCGGAAAACGUUGGAAAAAUCAGCAGAGAUUCGAAAAUCCGGAGUUAGUGGAGCGGAGAUCAAUCCGGAUGAUCCCCUAGUUUGGGGCCGGAUCAAACCAGAGGAGUUGCUCAAACCGAAAGUGCUCUUGUGUAAAACGGGUUUAUUCCUCGAGAAGCUGAACGAAAACAUGGGCGGUGAAGGAGUGGUUCGUGAGAAAUUCAGCGAUGACACCUUCGAUCGGACCUGCCAAGAAACCCACGUCAACGAUAUCGUUCAGGAUGUCGCGACCGCCACAGCCGCAGCCGAGUCUCAGGACGAACUUCCGGAUUUGGACGUGUCCGAAAUCCAAAUCAUCGACGCCAGGAACAGUAAUGGCACUCUUAAGGCCACAGAAACCUUCGGUGAUCUGCCCAUCCUCGUGCUCGAAGGUCUACCCGAGCCCAACAUCGACCAAACAGAAGAGGACCUAGUGGAAGAGGUCCUGAAGCUCGUCAAUAUUUCCGAGACGUCCGUGCGAACGGCUCUCAGACUUCCCGUUCAUGGCAAAGGUAAAUCUUUGGUUCUGGUGGAGCUGGACACCUCUAACCACCGUGAACAGGUCAUUGAACACAAAGAUGAGCUCCGGACAAUGGAGCCCUCACUGGUGAAUCUCGGCAUUCGUCGAGCCAAGUACCGAGAAUUGUGGAGUUAUGUGAAGGCUUUGACGGUGGUUCAGAGCGUGAAUGUCGGUACCGAAGCCACCAAUCACGCUAAUGACAUUGAUGAAGAACACAAUUAUGAGUAUGAGUCUACAGACGAGGAGGACUUUUCCGGCGAAGUUCAAGUGAUCGACGCCAAAAAUGACAAUAUGGUAGAAGAUAACGACGAAUCCAAUCAAGUCAUUAGAUAGGUUCCAAUGCAAGGAACGUGUUAUACUGAAGGUGUAUUUCAGCCCUUGUGAAGAAUGCUUGUGAUAGAAUGCCAUAUGAAAACUUGUCUUAGAUCUCUAAAUAUAUCAGCUUUAUCCAACUUUUGUCUCCUUGUGUUUGAUUACUUGUGUCAUGAUGAAAUAGCCACGUUUUGGGGCUCAUCGAGCAAUGCAAUUGUACGAGGCUAAAACAGGAAUCUCCUGGACUUUCCAUUACAAAAACAGACCAGUUCUUCUUGAGCAGAUACGUGCUCAAUGUCUGAGA